AUGGCCAUUGUAAAAUUCGAAAAGUCGAUAUCCACUUACCAGUUUUCGGACCCCAUAACGCUCUACAGCCCCAGAACAAGAGCUCCAUCUCUCGCGGCUAGUCCAUCGACAGCGUACCCGCGCAGAAUGCCCCCGUCGUCUGCAGCACAGUAUUCACCCAUCGCCCAAGGCAACCACUAUGACUCCUCCGAGAAGCUUCUCACUCAGCCCGGAGACAUAGAUGUCGGCGACAACGGUGCUUGUGCAUGCGGCUGUCAUCGCUCCUCAGGUUUGCGCCGUUUCUGGCCCUGGAUCCUCCACGUCUUUGUGUUCCUCCUCAACAUCAUUGUGUUCGCACUUGUCCUUCAUACCCACACUCACCGCCCCGAACGCACCGACUGGGACGACCUCCUCAACGCUCACUCUCCCGUCUACCCCGCCAUCGAGUACAAUGUCGUACGCUUCAACGGGACCCUCGGCUUCCAUUCGCCUUACGUUGGAUUCGGCCCUGCUAUCGAUGCUGCCUGGGCAAAAAUCACAAUGACCAAUAAAAUAGGCUUGAUCCCGAUCCGGGUCCCAGACGACUACCUGGCCCGCAUCGAGCUUGACGAUGCCCGUCGGCAAUCCAAAGUCCGGUUCCUCCCUGAGGAUGGCGGUGGCGCCAUGGGCACCAUCGACGUAUUCCACAACCUGCACUGUGUCGACAUGCUCCGCCAGUACUCCUAUGCCGAGCAUUACCCCGAGAUCCAGCACGACAUAUCCACACGACCCCGCUUUGUCCAUGACCAUAUAGAUCACUGUCUCGAAAUGCUGCGUCAGAACCUGAUGUGCUACGCCGACACCGCGCUCAUCACGUACGACUGGGUCGCUGGCGUCCCCAAACCCUUCCCCGACUUCAACACCGUGCACCAGUGCCGCGACUUUGCAAAGAUCCAGGAGUGGCAGAGCGCAAACCGCGUGCGUGUCCCUCUUGAGCGCAUCCAGGCCACGAGGAUGGGCGGGGAAGGCGAGCUCUCCGCUGCAGACGUCGAUCUGAAUGGUGUGCUAACUUUGGGUGGGAUGGACGGUUCUCUGCGCCACUCGACGGACUGA